AUGGGUAGAGUUUAUGCUUUGUCAGGGGCGGAAGCAACAUGUUCAGGUAAUCUUAUAGUUGGCUCAUGUGUGAUUGCUGGUAUGAGUUUUUAUGUUCUAUACGAUUCAAGAGCGACACAUUCCUUUGUGUCAGAAUCUAGAGUCCAAGAGUUGAGUUUGCCAGUGAAGGAGCUACAGUAUGAUAUGACUGUAUCCACUCCAACGUCGGGCUUAGUCAAGACAUCUACCUUAUGUGCUAGAUGCUCCAUAGUGGUUGAGGGACGUCGGUUCAAGGUAAACCUAGUGUGCUUACCCUUGAAAGACUUGGAUGUGAUUUUAGGAAUGGAUUGGUUAUCUGCUAACCACAUUCUUAUAGAUUGCAAUGAGAGAAAGUUGUUGUUUCCUAAUCCUGAGGAUGAGAAGUUGUUGUCUUCACAGCAAGUUGCUAGAGAAGUUAAAGAAGGGUCUCAGUGUUUUCUUGUUCUAACUCAACUGUCGGUUGAGGAAAGAGAUGUGUGUGCCAGGAUACCUGUUGUAGAGAAGUUUCCUGAUGUUUUUCCCGUGGAUGUGCUGGGAUUGCCCCCGAAGAGGGAAGUGGAGUUUUUUAUUGAUUUGGUGCCUGAAGCAGAACCAGUGUCAAUAUCUCCCUACCAUAUGGCUCUAGCAGAAUUGGCAAAAUUAAAGAAGUAG